CGCGCAGCGACUCGGUGCUCGAGGGACGGACAGAGAGGUCUAUGAGCCCGAGUCCGAGUGGUCACUCUGAAGCGAAGGCAGUCUGAGGAAAACCAAUGUAAUGGGCAUUCUGCUCACUGGAAGAACGUAGCCAGGAUCUGGGAAGAGAUGAAUGCAGAUCCUAUACUUCAAGAGACCUUAAUUAAAAGAUCGCAGCAAAAAAAACGGAUUUCUCCACUCAACUAUAAAGAAAGGCUCUUUGUCUUAACAAAGUCCAGAUUAACAUAUUAUGAAGGUCGUUCUGAGAAAAAGCACAAAAAGGGCUCCAUUGACUUACAAAAAAUCAAGUGUGCAGAAAUUGUGAAGCAUGACAGUAGUCCUAUUCCUUGUCAAAACAAGUAUCCUUUUCAGAUUAUAUAUGAUUGUAAUACCCUGUACAUUUUUGCUCCAAGUGCUGACAGCAGAAACAUGUGGGUGAAAAAGCUCAAAGAAGAAAUAAGAAAUAAUGAAUUUAUAAUGCCAAAAUAUCACCCAAAGUUAUGGACAGAAGGAUCGUGGCAGUGCUGCAGGCAAGCAGACAAACUUGCUCCAGGCUGUGAGGAGUAUAACCUGUUUAGUGAUAUUAGUCGUAAACCACUUCCACCAACACCAGAUGAUAUGCUUAACAAUCUCCCAGGAGGAGGCUGGAAGCCUUCUGAAUAUUUAUCAGAAGAUAAUGAAGAGGAGGUGGCAGAAGAAGAGGAAGAAGCUGAGCUCGUUCUUGCGAUGUAUGACUUUGAAGCACAAGAGCCCCAUGAUUUAAGUCUGAUUAAGGGUGAAGAAUAUGUACUGUUAACAAAGUCUGAUAUACAUUGGUGGAGAGCAAGAGAUAAGGAUGGAAAUGAGGGUUACAUACCAAGUAACUAUGUUACUGAGAAGAAAUCCAGUAAUUUAGAAAAAUAUGAGUGGUAUUGCAAAAAUGCUAAUAGAAGUAAAGCAGAAUAUUUACUAAAAUCUGAGGAUAAAGAGGGAGGAUUUCUUGUGAGAGAUUCCAGCCAGUCUGGGAUGUACACAGUUUCUCUUUACACAAAAUUUGGAGGAGAGGGAUCUAUUCGACAUUACCAUAUAAAGAUAUCCGAGACACCUCACAGACUGUACUAUCUCGCAGAAAAGCAUUUGUUUGAUAAUAUUCCUGAUUUAAUUGAAUAUCAUCAAUACAAUGCAGCAGGUCUUGUCACAAGAUUACGAUAUCCAGUGGGCCGCAAAGGACGACAUGCACCUAAAACUGCCGGCUUUAGCUAUGAUAAGUGGGAAAUAAAUCCAUCUGAACUAACAUUUAUGAAAGAGUUGGGAAGCGGACAGUUUGGAGUGGUACGCUUAGGGAAAUGGCGAGCUCAACACAAAGUAGCAAUUAAAGCAAUCCGUGAAGGUGCAAUGUGCGAAGAGGAUUUCAUAGAAGAAGCUAAGGUCAUGAUGAAGUUAUCGCAUCCUAAAUUAGUUCAACUGUAUGGAGUUUGCACACAACAAAAGCCCAUUUAUAUUGUGACUGAAUUUAUGGAACUUGGCUGUCUACUGAACUAUCUCAGACAAAGAAGAGGGCAGCUAAACAACGAAAUGUUACUGAGCAUCUGUCAGGAUGUGUGCGAAGGCAUGUCAUAUUUGGAAACAAAGAAGUUCAUUCACAGAGAUCUGGCUGCAAGGAACUGUUUGGUGAGUGAAUCACAUGUGGUGAAAGUGUCUGAUUUUGGAAUGACCAGAUAUGUCUUGGAUGAUCAGUACACUAGUUCUUCGGGUGCUAAGUUUCCAGUGAAAUGGUCUCCACCUGAGGUGCUACAUUACUCUAAAUUCAGCAGUAAAUCGGAUGUUUGGUCAUUUGGUGUUCUGAUGUGGGAAGUUUAUAAUGACGGAAAAAUGCCAUUCGAAACUAAAACAAAUGCAGAGGUAGUUGAAUUUAUUUCAUCUGGCUUUCGGUUAUAUCGACCAAAACAAGCAUCAAAACCUGUUUAUGAGAUCAUGAAUCAUUGUUGGCAUGAGAAAGCUGAGGGAAGACCAUGUUUCUCAGAUUUGCUUCUGAUGAUUAAUGAAGUGAUGGAACCUGACUAUUAAAGAGACUUUCAGAUUGCUCUUUUGGAAUUACGUCAAAAAUCUGCAUAUUCUUUAUUGGAUUAUGACAAGUUAUUUUUGAUGUUUGUCAAAAGUUCAAACAAUCAGUUGAAUUCUUUGUGUAUAUCUGAAACUUCUUAUGGCGAUUAAGAACAAGAAACCAUCUGUUAAAGCAUGAUUAUGAGGCAUAUGUAAUAUCAGCCAUAAGGGUACAUACUUAUUGAGUAAUAGAUCCAUUUUCUGUGAUAAAAUCUCAGCUGAUCCCACCUAGAGAACACAACUCAAUACUGACGCCUUUUGUUGAAGCUGAUCUUGAAUUCUGACUUUUUGAGUACUUCUUUUAUUGACAAUUCCAAAUCAUAAGAGCAACUUUUAACCACAUCCUACUGUUCUUGACACUAUACAUCAAAAAUAAUUGCUGAACUAAUUUGAUCAACUUUAAACCUUUACUGCCUCUGCCUGAGUCAAAUAUUCUAUGAGUGCAAUAGCAUAAAUCUACAGCAUUAUGCCACACAAUCCUGCUGAAUUACUGAAAACUAACAUAAUCUUUCCCUUUCAUGUUGAAGUUUUGUGUUUUCAUACUAUGUAAGUGGUACUCUUGCAAUUACUGAUGUGAAAGUAAUUAUUGAAAAAUUGAUAUUUAUCUUUCCAUAGAAGUGGCAAUAUAACUGUAAGAAAUAUGGCAAACAAGAGAAAAUCUGCAAGUAAAUAAUCUAAAAGUAAAUAAUAUUGCAAACAAGAGAAAAUCUGCAGAUGUUGGAAAUCCAAGCAACACUCACAAAAUGCUGGAGGAACUCAGCAGGUCGGGCAGCAUCUAUGGAAAAGAGUAAUAUUGAUCUAUUUGCAUGAAAAAAUUAAUCUAGUUUCAGAAAUGUCAACUUUCCUCAACACCUUGGGAAUUUUUUUGCAUAACUGGUUGUGAUGGACUUUUUGAUGGAAAAUUUAGUUGCCUGAAAGUAUUGAGUAUUUAACCUGAGUACAUCAGUCAAAUGUUCAGUGGUGUUUGAGAAUAUUUUAAUACAUGACGUGAAUCAGCACAUUUUAAUCUAAUUAUCUUUACUGAUCGGACUAUCCUUCACAUGUAUUUAAGUAAGGCAAGUUCCUCCUAGAUGUCACAAAUACCAGCAACACCAGGAAUUCAGAUUAAGGGCAGUUUGGGAUUCCAGUUCUUUUGCACAAAGCAAGCAGAAGAAUAUCAAGGUUGAAUGUGUUGCAGUCAAGUAGAUUUUUUUCUAGGUCAGUAAAAUGAGUUUCAUGAACUUAUGUCAUUUUACAGCAGAAUUUGCACAUCUACUAUAAAAUAGCUCCACUGAUUCAGAAAACAAUUUGUAAAACAUAAAAUGGCACUUAGGUAGCUGGAGCGAGUUGAUAUUGGAAUAAAAAGUUACAUUUGUGUGCUUGGUCUUUCUGUAAAAGGUACGUAUUCAGCCAAGGCAAGCAAAUAACUAUUUCCUCCUGAUGAGGGAAAAGUUGGAAGUGAGUCAUCUGACAUGUUCUUACAAAACUGUCUUGGACAUCAUAGUUGAGAACUAUCAUUUGUAUUGGCUGAAGGCUGCAAACCUUCAAUUUUGGGAAAUAACUAUAUGAAAAGUUACAAUAUUUCAACAUACAUAUGUACAUUGCACUGUUACCAUAAUAUUUACUAAAUAGUUAUUUGUUGAUUAAUAAAGAGUAAAUGUGCACAUUUCCAACACUAGAAAUAUCUUAUUGCAGGAGAUUGAUUUCAGUUUAGAUUUUUCAGUUCAGAAUUGUGUUAAUACUGUUUUAAACAUCAUAAUUUUUGUAAUGUAAUAAAGAUUUAUCCUUUUAAGAACUUAAACACUUACAGAGAUGUGAUUUUGUAACACAAUUGUUUUUAUGUAGUUCAACUUUCUUUUUCAGUAAUUGAAAGUCUACAUGCUAAGAAAAUUACUGCGUCAUGAACAAUCUUUUUUUUUACUUUCCUAAUUAGUGGUUUAAAUUUUAUGAUAAUUGAAAGACUUUAAUUUUCUGCUGUUAAUGCUGCUAAUGACACUCAAAUAUUUAACAACAAAUUGUAAACAGAAAACUUGCUAAGAUUUUUCAUCUUUGCUCCUGUAUAUUGACAAAUAAAUGCUUUUAAAUAUGAAACCAUGAUUUUGAAAUCGCCAUCUAGCACAACAGGUUUUUGACAUCAUGCAGCUUUACUUAGUCCAUCAAGGUAUUUCACAGCAUUAAUUAAUUUUAAAUGUUAUAUAGACAAUUGUUUACUAUUUUCUCUAAUGGAUAAAAGGUACAGUCAAUUUUUAAA